UGAGGAACCCCUUGCCAAGCCUCUCUUUAAUCAUUAUCCACAACCACAAGCUAAAAUCUUCCCUUUGAACCUCACAUCUUCAAUUCCGAAACAUGGCGUGUGCAACGGCAACGGUUUCCUUUGCCUUCAGGCUUCCACCAUGCGCUCCCUACACUCGUGUUUCUCACUCUUCUUCAGUUGAUGUUCCUCUGUUGAACAAGUUCACCUCACUGAAACUCAGCUCGUCAAGCUGCAUUUCUGGCUCAACGCUUCCUCACAGACUCUGCACCGUUAACCCUACAAGGAUUCAGCACCUCACCAUUGUUUCUGCCAAGGGCUACAAAAUGAAAACUCACAAGGCAUCGGCGAAGCGAUUUAGGGUGACAGGUCGAGGGAAAAUUGUGCGCAGGAGAGCUGGGAAGCAGCAUUUGUUGGCCAAGAAGAAUACCAAGAGGAAAUUGCGACUCUCCAAAAUGCACCCAGUAAGCAGGGCUGACUAUGACAACGUAAUUGGAGCCUUGCCAUAUCUGAAAGUAAACAGAAAUGUUACAUAAAGGUUGCAAUCUGAGUCAUAAACCUAGCUUUGUUUAGUCUAGUGAUUUGUGACGUCUCUAGAUCUGCUUUUACACCAUCUGAAAAUUGUUUAAUUUUUCAAAUGAUGUGAGAUAGUUUUCCCAAUUGAGAUAUCACUAUAUCAGUACCAUAUGAAUUUGGCACCCUUCCUGUAUCAUGUAACAAUUGGUAUUUAUUCACAUAAUUGACAAUUUGAAACCAA